UAUCGUGGAGGCGCGCGGCCCGUUGCGACCGUCCAACCCUUAUAAUUUCCGCACGCGCACUACCGCGCACUAACCCGGCGCUACUCGCGCGCGCACAACGUCGCGAACGCGCGCGAGGGAUACUUUUCCCCGAGGACCGACGUUCUCCAAACCCGCCCCUCGUCCCGGUUUUAAUUCCCGGUCGGGGCGCAGAUAAGACCUGGAAAGCCCGGGCAGUGGAGGAAUCCGUCAACGUAAGGACGCGUCGCGCGAGGGGCACCGGAGUGAAUGCGGAAUUCUGCGAGGGAGGAUAAGAGGAUAGACGCCGCGACGUAAAUUCUUACCCUCCACGAGAAUGUCCAGCCUAUGAGUGGCACUUUUCCUACGUCUUACUGGCAAACGGAGGGAGGACCUCCCACGCCUCAUCGACCAAGAAAUUCUCGUUCCUGCCGGCGGAUGCCCUCAAAGAGAAACUUUCCGUCGGAUGUCCUCAAAGAGUGGAUCUUCCCACGGGUUUCCACGGAUUAUACACCCCGGGAUCUCUGUUGCACGUUAUUCUCGAGGGACUUCCAUAUCGAUCCCGCGGAACCAACUUUCUCCCGGCACGUCCCGGGAACUUUCCGGGAAAGCGAUCCAACCUCUCGCCACUUUCCUUUAUCUCCCGCUUGAAACGGCUCGCGGCUAUAAACGGACGAUCUCGCUCCACCUACGCUGUAAUCGCGGCGCGCUACAAGACGCCGGAGCCAAUUGAAAAUUAAGGAGAUCGGCGGAGGCGUUUGCGCGGAAUACGAGGCGAAAUCCUCGGGUCCGUUCCAAUAACGCCGAGGGGAGGAUCGCGAGGCGGCCGUCGCCGUAGUGAAGAGAAACGCGCGAAUCCGCAUCUUAAAAUUCUGAGCGUGUCGGACAACAGAAACGGCGGCUGACAUGAUGCAACGGUGGACCAAAUGCAAGGCGAUAUUGCGAAAAUUCCCCCGGGGCUCAAACGAAGAUUCAGCUCGGGGUGUAACGUCAACGCCUAAUUGAGUGCGCGUGGCUGGCGAAAGGUGUGCUCUUACCACCGCGCGUGAUCCGGCGCAGGGAGGUCGGCGAUAACGCGGAUUUCCCGCUGCGGGAGGAUUUUAUUAGCGACGUGAUACGAAAACUUUCCCGCCCGCGUAAUCGGCCGUAAAGCAACGGUAAAAGGUCGGCACAGAACGUAACUUUUCCAUUUGUGCGAGACGUGAUAAGAAAGCUCGACCGACCUAAUUAGCGCGACGCGCGGCCCACAAUGUUGUGGUAAAGAGCGCUGAGUAAUGAGCAGGCGAGGCGGGAAUGACAGUUUGACGGAAAUCGUCGCAAAAUCUCGGCUCCCUUACCAGCUCCUAUCAUAUGCCGAAGCGGACGGGACUUUUCUUCCGGGGCAAAACGCGAAGCAACGAACGCGAAUUCCAGGGGGGUGACAUUCGUCUACUCGAUGCUCGUGGGCGAGAGGCUAAUACGCAAAAACCGCCUCGUCGUAAAGCGCCGGGCGAAUUUCACGACGAGACAUCAACGAUGCUUUAGUAAUCGUUAAGCGACACGCGGCUUGGAGCAACGGCGAAAAGGCUGCUCUAGUAGACCGGAGAACCAUCGGUCUUUCCUCCUAAGCGAGAGAUCAGCGCGACCGCCGGUUCCUGAUCUCCGACUGCGCAAAAAGAGAGGCGAGCCGAUACAAAAAUCCGCCGCGGCGACGACCACGUCUGCGGAAGAAGCCAGUUAUAUCGGAGUUUCGGGUAUCGACGAGAGGGAAAAAAAGCGCACCCACUCUACGGCGAACAAGCCGCAGGGACAAUGGAAUCUCAUCCGGCGGCAGCCGAUCGGCGGUUUGGGACUCGAUCGGAUUCUGCGGGGAGCGCCCGUGCGUGAAACACGAGCGGGAGCGAGCCCGGACGUCGAAAUCGAGGGCCGACGGUCGUGCGGCCACGCUACCCGGCGGUUUAAUCGGUGAAGACGUACAGUAAUCGCGCCGAUACCAUCGGCGGACGUGCCAGCGGCGCCGCGGCGGAAUUAAUGAAACGUCCCGCCGCGAUAAUUACGACGUGGCCGAUAAGGGGCUCGAUUUCCAUAAUCGAGCGCGCGUGAAUCCUCUUCCGCGCGCGCACGUGCGCGCCAGAAUCGAUCGGUGCCACGCGCCGCUGCGAUUUUUCCAAUUAAGAUCGGCCGGACGGAAAAACGGUGCGAUUCGUCGACGCGUGACCCGACGCGAUGCGACACGCCGGGAUUAAAAGCUCGUAUUUCCGGCGCCAGUAGCCGACGCGCUUUCGCGAAAGAUCGACCCCCGGGAACGAGAGAAUCGGCGGCACCGCGUGGGCGAGCGUGGAGCGGAAUUUACGCAGGACAACAGCGGCGCGUGAACACGACCGAUGGAUGUUCCUCGGCACCGCGAUUCGGCAAUUCAUCAUUCCGCGACGACGGAGAGUCGUUGCGGAGAGCUCGAACAUUGUGACGCUGCCUCGAUUGUAACGUGCCCUUCAAGCGCGACGCGAGUCUCGGCGCUACGUCGACAUAGUCGUGAAAGCUCGCCUGACUUGGACGGCUGGUAUGCGCGGUUGACAGGAAUAUGUAAGUUAUUUGCCCGGGAAGACGAUAAUCCUGCUGCUACCCACAUCGAAUUUCUACCCUUCGAAUAAAGCGGCGAGUACAUUUUGCGGGUAGCCAAGUAUUCCGAAGAUAUUCGGCUUCCGAAAGAGACAUGAAUCGGUGCGGACGUAUCCGACGAAUCACCCGCGCGUCGAGUCCCUUCGCGGCGACACCAUAAUCUAAUGUUAGAGAUUAUCAAAAACGCAGUUAUCCAACGCCCGAGACGCGAUCUCGUAAAGGGGAAAAAGAGUGGACGAGAGGGAAUGAAGAUUGCGUGCUCCGGGCGGGAGCUCAGCGCGCUUUGAGGCGCGAUAAGAAAGACGACCGAGAUCGCGAGCGGGUGGAGAGCGGGGUGAAAAACGCAGCGACGGCCUCUCGCCCGUCUGUAGCUCAACGUAGCGAGUUCCGUGGCCGAGAGACCGGCGUUAUUCGUGAUGCAGAGCCUCGACGAGCUGACGACGGCGUACAACUCCACGUCUCACCUCUGGAACGUGACGACGACCCUGUGGUACGACAAUGACACCUAUCACAACGGCACCAACUACACGGAUCUGGCGCCGCGGAAUCAGUUCGUCCUCCCGUGGUGGCGGCAGAUGAUCUGGACGCUCCUGUUCGCCGGCAUGAUCACGGUCGCGACCGGCGGCAAUCUGAUAGUGAUAUGGAUCGUGCUGGCGCACAGGCGGAUGCGCACCGUCACCAACUACUUCCUGGUGAACCUGAGCAUCGCGGACGCCAUGGUCUCCACCUUGAACGUCACCUUCAAUUACACCUACAUGCUCAACAGCCACUGGCCGUUCGGGACGCUCUACUGCAAGAUCUCCCAGUUCAUCGCGGUCCUCACGAUAUGCGCCAGCGUCUUCACUCUGAUGGCGAUAUCCAUCGACCGGUACAUGGCCAUCGUGAACCCUUUGAAGCCACGUAUGGGGAAAAAGGCGACGCUGUGCGUCGCGAUUGUAAUUUGGAUCAUCGGGGCAAUUCUGUCUUUACCGAUGCUGCUUUUCUAUACCACUUACACUCAGAACUUCAUGAACGGCGAGGUCCGCGUCGUCUGCUACAGCGAUUGGCCGAACACAGACGACAAUGGACUCAGCUACGAUGAAUAUUUGUACAACGUUAUCUUCAUGAUAUUGACGUACUUCUUGCCAAUCGGAUCCAUGACGUUCACCUACGCCAGGGUCGGCCUGGAAUUGUGGGGCUCGCAAAGCAUCGGGGAGGCCACGGCCAGACAGCUCGAAAACAUUCGGAGCAAACGGAGGGUCGUAAAAAUGAUGAUAGUCGUAGUAGUAAUAUUCGCAGUGUGCUGGCUCCCGUUUCAUAUGUACUUCAUAGUGACGUCAUAUCUGCCAGAGAUUACAAAUGAACCGUACAUCCAGGAGGUCUUUCUGGGCAUAUACUGGCUGGCGAUGUCCAACAGCAUGUACAACCCCAUAAUUUAUUGUUGGAUGAAUACUAGGCACGGUGCGAAUACCGCUGCACCUGCAAUCAGUGAGAGGCGGAAACGACCGGCUGUUGGCUCACCAUCGCGAUCACGGCAAAAAAUGGAGGACCUCGCAGACCAGAGGACACGUGUCCUGACAGGAGGAGGAAAACUCUCAGCAACAACGAGUACACACCUGGAUAUGAAAAUAUCUGGAUAUGAAAAUGUCUAGUCUCCCCUUACUAUGCUGGCGCUUUCCGCCGAUCGGCACAAUCGCACCUGCGUUCGCGGCACAUCCCGGGAAGAAGCGAUUCCCUCCGGCUGUCAAGCUUGUAUGACAGACCAAAGACACGGUCUAUUAUAUGUUUCGAGAGCUUUAAUCGAGCUUCUCUCUCUAGUCACGCGCAACUUUAAUCGCGAAGAGAUAUCUGUGUUAUUACAUUACACGUAAUGUAAUUUAAAAGAGUAAUUAUGUUGACUAUCACUGAAUUAUCUUUAUCGGCGUAUCAUUCAUAGUCAUUUAAAAAGGAUCAACGGACCAAGAUAUAUAUUGUAUCUAUUACAUCUUCUUCGUAGUGUUAAUACGCGGUGUUUUUCAAAAAAAAAAUGGUCGCAUCAAGACUCGCGAUUAAUCGGUGUUAGAAAGAUGUUCAAGUCUAAGGAAUAAUGAUUUACGUAAUGCGUAACAUCGUCGCAUUAAUUGUCGUGUUCCUAUCGUAUGUAAUAACCUAAGGGAAACCUGAAGAAUCCAAGACUAAGGCUCUUGUUUAAAAAUAAGAUACUUCUUCAAUCAAUAGGCCUAAGAAUUAAAGGAUAAAAUUCACCUAUAUUUUACGCUAAUUGUAAGUAAAACAAAAGAUAUAAAAUUUAAUAUGUAUUAUAUAUACAUAGAAUUAAAUAUAUCUUCACAAGCAAGCUUUUUGUUAAUGAAUUACAUUGUAAAUUAUGUGAAUGAUUGUAAAUUAUGUGAAUACAUUAAACGCGCACUAGAUGUGGUUGUGAACCCAUAGAUAAUCUGGUAAUAGUGAGUCCGAGUUCGUCGCUGAUAUUUUUUCAUUUGCGAAAGUCCGCUUCAUUUUUUUCAUGAAAUAAACUCUGUACUAAUUCGCAAUUUCAUAUCCAAAGCUAUCAAUAUCGAUCGUAGCUCUUCAACGAAUUUAAAAAAAAAGUUACAUUUUGAUAUAUUAAAGGAUUAUAAGUUUUCUCUUGUCUACUGCGCAUUACUACUUUAGUGGAGAUUCGUUUUGGCGUGGUUUCUUUUGCCAUGACCACGUACCACAAAUUUAUUUAGUCUAAACGGAAGAUCAGCGAGGCAACGUUAAUGAACUCAAAAUGUGUGUGUAAUAUCUUUGUAACUCAUAUUCCUUUUAGACUUUCAGAUGUUGUCGGAGCAAGAAAUACUCUGGGAAAACAAACGCUUUUUAAGAUACGACUUAGGUGUACAUAAUACACACCAUAUAAUACCGUAACGUAAAUAAAAGCGCAUAAUUAGGGAAAUAUUCAAAGUCGUGAUUAUUUCUGAAUAGGAGAAUAACCAGACGCGGCUGUAAAAGUCGCGUACCACGUCGGAAACGCGAGCGCACUUCAUCUCUUUGAAUGGUCCAAAGCAGCUCUGUACAUUAAUGACGCACACGAAAUAAUAAACAGAAUACCAUCGAUACCGAGAAAUUUUUCAUACCACAACUGUUGUGAUAUUUAUAACUCGCUUUUUGUACCAGCCGUUCUAGCUGUUGGAAUCUUUAUCUAGGUAGAGCUCGUUCCAAGUGAGAAAAUAAGCGAGCGAAAAUUUUAUUUAAAAUUUUCCUCAACAACGCAAACUCCAUCGGAGAGGGAGAGAAAAUUUCGCGGGUCGAUAUAUUAUUCACGUAUUUCUGGAGCAUUGGAAAUAAUUAGAGAGUUAUUUUUUCUUGUUAUCGAGAAACGCAAUCGGAGCACAUAAUGAAAGAAUCAUGGCUGUAUAUACUAUUGAUAUAAUAUAUAUUUGUUAUCAUAUCAGAGACCACUAAAAACAAAACAUAAGCAACGUGAUAGAAUGUAAGACAAUUGAACAAUAUUCGAGGCUGCGCUAGUAAGAUAGCGACUGAAUGUAUCUAACGCAAGGAGGCGUAAACUCCCGUGAAAUCACGCGAGAAGCGAAUGGAAUGCUCAUUCCCUUCGUUUUCAUUCGGCACCACGCGGUUCCGCGCGUACCUGUGACCGUAUAUUUGUUAGUUCUACUAUGAUUGUACUCUGGAAAAUGCGUAAAUAAAACAUCCUAUUUUUUAUG